AUGGCACCAUUGGUAGAAAACCACUCAUCUAGCCUUUUGACAAAUGAGGAAAACCUUCAAUUAUUCAAAUUGUUGGGAAAUCGGUGCCAAUCCUUGUGUUCUACUGUCGUCCAGUUAUACACAACUCAACCACCUAAUCAUUCACAAUGGAUCAAAAAAGCUACAGGUGUACUGUGUUUUGUCAAAGACAACACCCGCAAGAAUUUUUUCUUCAGAUUUUUCUGCCUGAAACGUAAUGUAAAGCUCUGGGAACAAGAGAUGUACAAUAACAUGGAUUACUUGGAAGGUACCAAAUUCUUCCAUAUGUUUGAAGCUAAAGACUAUUUGGUUGCCUUCAAUUUUGCUGACAUAGAUGAGGCAAAUGAUCUACUAUAUGUUGUUCGUCAAAAGAUUCAUGCUAGGAAAAGAAGGGAGGAUAAACGCUCAAGGCAAAUCAGUCAGAGUCAGACUUUGCCUUCUCCAACAUCCCACAUGCAGUUUUCUGCUAACAAAAAAACACUGGAUCCUGCAGAGAAGCAAGCAAAACGCAAAAGGAAUAUCACCAAGGCUGACAUUGGCAUUCCCAGCAAUUUUGUCCAUGUUUCUCAUAUUGGAUGGAGUUCUUCUUCUGGAUUUGACAUCAAUACUGAGAAUGAACAGCUGAGAGCCUUUUUUGAAAAGGCAGGAGUUUCCGAACAACAACUACAGGACAAAAGCACUCGAGAAUACAUCUACGACUUCAUAAACCGCAACAAUGUCCGCGAAGCGUUCGUCCAAGACUCGACCGCGACCGACAACCAACCACCCAACGUGGCCCCGCCCCCUGCGGUCCCGCCCCGAGGGCCGCUCGUGACACGCCCCCCGCACUUCCGCAACGCCCCUCCGCCGCCAAUACCGAACAAGAACGGCCACGCGACCACGCCCAGGAAGCCGAGAAUGGAGGUCGCUCCGCCCAGAAAGCCGGCGCCCGCGCCGAGCGUACCCACGCUGGGCGUGGCUCCGGCUGGCCCGCCCCCUCCUCCACCACCGCCCCCGUUGCCGGUGGGCGGGGAGGACGUUGCUCCGCCCCCUCCGCCUCCGAUGGCGCUGGGCACUCCCAGGGCUGUACCGCGGGGCGGUGACGUUGUGGAUUUGAAUUCAGCGUUGAUGCAGAGUAUCAGGAAUGGGACUACGUUGAAGUCGGUGGAGGAGACCAACAAGACCCAAACGCCGCCGCAAGAGGACGCCCGCAGCGGGCUGCUGAGCGAGAUCCGGCAGGGCUUCAAGCUGCGGCCGGUGGACGAGCGCGACGUGAAGGGGGCCCCCAGCCCCGUACCAGCGACCAGAUGCGACGACCUGGCCAGCGCAUUGGCCAGGGCUCUGGCGAAGCGCAGCGAGGUGAUACAUUCCGAGGACGACGACGACAAGUCGAACGCGUCCACGGAUUCAGAGUGGGAGGAUUGA